AUGAAUCCGUAUUAUCCAUUCAGUGGCCAGAAAGACUGGGAAGUUGGGUCAUGGCUACUUCGCUCUGGAUUAAGCAUGGAGAAGAUAGACAGUUUUCUUUCACUCGACAUGAUAAAGACCCUUCCGUUGUCGUUCCAUUCGGCCAAGGAACUGCGUGGCAGAGUGGAAAUGUUGCCUAGUGGCCCGCGCUGGAUGUCUCAAGUAGUACCUACAGCACAUCUCAUGAAAUCACCCAUUGUCUUGUAUUGGCAUGAUCCCUUAGAUUGUAUUUCAGGCCUUCUCAACCACCCUGCCUUUCACGACCAUCUAGACUUUACGCCUUGCAGGGUGUAUAGCACUGCACAGUAG